ACUUACUUGUCUUACAAUUUUCCUAUGUAGUUUUUUCACAAUUCCUCUAUUCCAGCGUUUCCCAAUUUAUUUUAGCCAUGGAACCCUUUCAUAAAAUUUAAAACUUUGCGGAACCCCAGUAGUAUUUCGACAUAAUAUUUGACAAAAAUUAUUUAAGACUACGUAAUUUUUUUUACGUGAUGAAACUAAUUUUUAUCUUCUUAUUUUUUUCUGGCGGAACCCUUGGUUUCACUUCACGGAACCCCAUCUUGGAAACGCUGCUCUAUUCAUUUGAUUUUCUAAAUUACGGGCAAAUCUCUUCCUUGGAUUAAAAAGAUUAUUCUGGUAUAAAACUAGAUGUUUAUUCUACUUGAUUAUCAAUAUUGAUAGUCGCUUUCUUACCUAUGCGUAGUAUGGCUAACUUAGUUGACUUCAAGUUAAAAAUUUAAAAUAUUGUUUUUCUUUCAGUAUAUUACUGCUGAUUGCUAAUGAUUGUUUUUUUCUUUAGACAAAAAAGUCUUCUGGUGAACCAAUACCAUUGGAUAGUGAUCUAGAAGGUUUUUGGGAAAUAACUUAUCCAUUAGUUGAUAAAUGUAAAUUAAAAUUUGAUCAUAUUAAUGAAAGAAAAUCAAAAAAUUGGGUACAAGUUGAAAAAGAAAUAGAUCCAGACGAUGUGAACUAUCGUCCACGUGUGCAUCUAGAUACAAAGCUAAAAUCAAAAAUACCACCUAAAAAGCCGUCGACAACGACUGAUAAUAAAAGUGUAGCAUUAAGACAAUUGAUCGAAGAAAGACGUCGACUAGCAGCUGCCGAACAUUCAGCAACGAAUGGAAAUUCAACGGAUAUGGUUCAGAUAUUUACAUCCAAACAAACUUUGACCACAACUCGAAUACUGGAGACAACUACCUUAUCGUCAAUUAUUGAUAAUUUAAAACGAGUUAUUAAUAAUUACAAUGAAAAUGAGAAUGGUAUGAAAACAACAGCGAAUCUGGAAGAUGAAAUAAUGGCAACAUUAACAGAUGUAUUCGAAAACGAGGAAGGUUUUAUGUUAUUAGAUCGAGAUAGACGAAAUAUUCAUAUUAAUAAUUAUUAUGAUGCAAGUGGAGAAUCUGAACCACCAUUAGAUAUCUAUUCAAAUAUGACUACAUCCGAGAUAUCCACAAUUACAACACAGUAUAACAUUUAUCCCCCGCAAUGUCCAUGCGAAAAGAAAGAAUGUUCAACACCAAGAAUAAAUUUAGAUCGUUUAACACAAACCAUCAAACAACUGAUAGACCAGUCAAAAAGAAUAGCCCGUAGAAAUGCUCAACAACCACAGUGUGCUUGUCCGUUUAUUCCAUCUCAUCCAUCAAUAAGAUUGAAAGGCGAUAAAGGCGAUCGGGGUUCACCAGCAAUAUCUUGUUCCAAAUGUCGUGGGGAGAGUACCAACAUUCGAAUAUUUAGAACAGUAGAAGAAGCCACAGAAAAAUCGUUCACUUAUCCCGAUCAUACGUAUGUUCACAUAGUUAAUGAAUUUGGUCAAUUAGACGCUGUAUUUAUUAGUAUUAGCGGAAAUCUAAUACCCGUUAGGUUAGAUUUAGAGAAUUCCAUACCUGCGCAAACUAUUACACGUCCAAUUACAACAUUACCCAUUCCACAACGGAAAUGUAGUAUUCUGCUUCAGUGUUCUCAACUUCAUUUAUUUGCUUUGGGUCCAAAUGUUCGCAAAUAUUGUAGUCAAAAUCGCCAAAAUUUUUGUACAAAACUGUCUGAUUUUGACGAUUUGUGUAAUAGAGCAGCUGAAAAACAAAGAUUACUUGGAUUUUAUCGUGCAUUUAUAUCUUCAUCCACACAAUGGCUAUCAAAAUUAUUUGAUGGUGUUUGUAUUCAUGCUAAAAUUAUUAAUAUGCAAAAACAUAUAUUAUUCAACACGUUUGAUGAUAUAUUUGAAGGAAAACCAUCUCUCAACUACAUACUCGAUCUUGAAGGAUAUCAUCCAAAUUUUCAAUACUUCUGGCAUGGUAGUCUAGAAAAUGGAACAGCAUCAAAUAAUACAUGUCUUGAUUGGAGUCGUCAAGACCAAAAUUUAUAUGGAAUAGCUAGUAUUCUAAAUAUACAUUCGUUGGGCUUAUUUCAACAGCAAUUGACUUGGCCAUGUUCAGUAGAUGAUUCGAACAUUGGAAUACUAUGCAUUGAAACAAAUUGCAAUAAACGAAAUUUUUAUGAACAUUAG